AGACCCUUCCGCGGCUGCAGCGAGAGCGGAGGUGUCAGAGCCUUUAGCGAGUGCUGCUCCAGAUUGCUUGGAUCUCACACCCAUUGCUCAAGAGGCUGAUCCACACCUGAGUGGAGCAGACAUCAUAAGAGCCCAACCAAACAUUUGACAUCCUGCACCAGAGAGAAGAAAGCAAUGCCCAUGAAGCCUGCAGAGAGGGAAGAGAAUCCUUGCACUGCUGUUUAUCGCCGACCCUACAGGGACAGGGUGAUUCAUUUACUUGCUCUGAGGACGUACAAGAAGCCAGAGCUGCUUCGCCCGCUUGCAGAGAGAUGGAGUCAUGCAAAAGGACAAGGGUACCCUUGGCAAGAUCCUCCAGCAGGUAGCCAACCUGAAUCUAAAGGAUAAUUCCUUCAGUCUGAAGGAACAUCUCUUUCAAACCCUUCAGACUGAUUGGCCUGGCUACACUGAAAUGGAUAGGGAGAAUUUGAAGUUAAUACUUGCUAGCAAAUCGGCUCCAUCUCAGAACCCCACCAGCACCAGCCAAGCGCCCUCUCCAGGACAUUCUGAGACAGACGCUCCAGCAAGACCUGUUCAGAAACGGCCCCUGGCUUCUGACUUUACCAGUCCUGUGAUGAGCAAGAAGAGGCGAAUUGGUCACCAGCAGUUCACCAGUCACAUCCAGCCAGCAGCUGAAGGUCUCUCUUCCUCCUGGGUGCUGCCUUCCAUUGCCAGCCUUACUCAGAACAUGUCUCCAAGGGUUGGCUCCAUUUCCUCCUGCACCCCUGAGGUGCACCAGAAUGACAAGUUCCAGAGUUCUAGUGUCCCAGAGCCUGCCAGGGUGCAGAUGGAGAUGCCCAGUUCAAAGGGGAAGAAAAAUGAAUUGGGAAGGCUGAAGCAGUCACAUCCUUUGGAUUUCGAUGAAGGAGAAAGAAAACAUACUUCCAUUGUCUCCACAUGCUCUGCAACAAACAUCCAAGCAGACUACUUGAGAAAAUACAAUGCCAUAGUCUCCUUGGAGCAACGCCAGCACUACAAGGAUGACUUCAAUGCAGAGUAUGAGGAAUACAGGAAUUUACAUUUUCAGAUUGCCAAGAUCAACAAGAAUUUCAUACAGUUUCAUGAGCAAUGGAAGUGUCUCAUUCCAGGCUCUGAAGCCCAUCAGAUGCUGCUUCAUCGAAUCCUAACAGAGUAUCAGCAGUUACAACAGGUAUGUGUGACACCAGACCUGCAGGGCCAUGGUUACUGCCUAGUCUGGCUCAAGGCUUUUUUAAAGCAAAGGACAUCAGAUUCUAAACUCUGCAGAAAUGUCUGUACGCCCUAAUUUUCUUUUGCUUUCUCCUUCACAGGGUAGCCCCAGCUACUCUGAAAUGAAGAGCAGGUGCCAGUACCUCCACAAAAAGCUGUCACAUAUUCAGAGCAAAUUAUCUGAAUUUGACAAGCAAUAAGUGGAAUCCUGGCACCACACAUCUGCUUCAGCCACACAAAUAUCAGUGACCUCUGGAUUUUUAUUUCAAAUUUCAGAUUAGGUGUUUAGGAUUAUAUAAGUUAGGUUUGAACAGUGGCUUACGUUAUAACUGAGGAGUAGAUUUGUUGUUAAAAAUGUAGGAUUAGAUCAAAGAAGUUUAGGAUGUUUUAGAAGUAGAAAGAAGAUAGUAUUGAACUUUAACAAUAAAGGAAUUUCACUGUUGAUAACUCCUUCUCUUAUUGGGGCUUGUAUGGUAUUUGGAGUGGCUUUCAUCUGGUCCAUUCUUUUCUUCAAGCCUCUAGGUUUAUCCAUUGAUAUAAACUUUUCAGUAGAAGGUGGAAGCCCAGUACCUCUACUGUGGUUUGCACAUUUGAAGAAAAUACUGUGACAAAUAAAAAUUCUUUAUGAU